CCAACUCUGCACUGCUGUAUGCUCUCCUCUCUCAGCAUUGAUUGGGUUAAAUCCUAUUAUCAGGUUACAUCCCAUCAUCCCCACCCUCCAUCCCAUUUCCAGUUACCACGGCAACUGAGAGCCUAAUGAGCAGCAUCAUCUGAGCUGAUGUCAGAGCAUCAUACAGUGGGUCACAGGAGCAGCCUCUCUCUUCCACAAGCCUCAGAUACAGCGUGCACAGCCCAGCAAGGUAUGACCCCCUAUUCACUAUGAGUCUAACACUGACCCCAUCCAGGUCCCAGGACACAAUUAUGAUGGAAUCUUCAGCCUCCCACGUUCUCAGUGAUGUGGAGCCUACUAUGGGGCAAGACUGUAGCCGGCAAUAUGAGAGGCCUCCGCCACUCCACACAGGAGCUGACUGGAAGAUCAUCCUGCAUCUCCCUGAGAUAGAUACCUGGAUCCGUAGCACAUCGGAGAGAGUGAGGGGGCUCACACAAUCUGUGCAGGAAGACCCCCAGAACAAGCAUGUGGAUGUGCAUCUAAUGCAGCUCAAGGAGAUCUGCGAAGACAUCUCAGAUCAUGUGGAACAGAUCCAUGCCCUCCUAGACACAGAAUUUUCCCUGAAGCUCCUUUCGUAUUCUGUCAAUGUGAUUGUAGAUAUACACACAGUGCAACUGUUGUGGCACCAGCUUCGGGUGUCUGUGCUGGUCCUGAGGGAGAGGAUCCUCCAGGGGCUACAGGACAGCAACGGCAACUACACCCGUCAGACUGAUAUCCUGCAAGCAUUUACCAACGAAAGCCAAGAGGACCGGCUAGAUGCUUUAACAGAGGUGGAUGGCUCAGGUCAGCUAACCAUUCGAUGUCCCACAGAUUACCUGUCACUGGACUGUGGAAUCACAGCUUACGAGUUAUCAGAUUACAGUCCACGAGAAGAGGAGACCCAUACACCCACUGCCAAGCCUCUACAGGCUUGGACAUUCAGCGCUAUGCAGCAAGAGUUUCCAGACCUAGUGAAAGGCACGGGACUGCUGAGUGUAGCCUCUGAGAACAAAACAGAAGAACUGACCACUGAGCAGGAGAAUGAUCCAUCAUUGCCUCCUACUGAACUGGCAGGACAGUCACAGUUUAGGGCACUUCCAUCUAAUGAAAGUACCACACCAAAAAGACCUCUACAAGAAAGCAGUGACCAUGGUGGUGACUCACCUACUCGCCCAUCACUACCUAAAAGAGGACUGUUCCUGAGUGAUAGUGACAAUUGGGGUCAAGCAGAUUUGACAGAGACAUCAGUAGAUUUCAGUUCACCACAUUUAUCCCUGCCUCCAUGUCCCUCCUCACCUCGAAACCACUUAACUCUAGCUCUGACCCCACCAUACUCCCUUGCUACCACCAUGUCCCCCAAAAGUCAGCUACAGUCUAACUAUUGCUCUGAAGAGAAGGAUUUAGGAAGUCCAAUACCGCAGUACCUAAAUGACAUGGAGUCUCCCAGUAGAACCAAUCCAUCCCACUGUAAUUCACCAAAGAAUAGCCAAACUGAGGAGCACACAUUGCUGGACAGUUCACCAAAGGAGAUUGGAGCCAGCAACUGGUAUGGGUCAGAUGAGUUCCUGGCACUGCCUUCACACUUGCACCAGACAGACAUUCUUGCCUUACAUCUAGGGAGCCUCUCACAGCUUGUAUCAUCACCAACAGAAGAUCCACAGUCUCCCCUCCGGGAUGUGGAGGACUGGGAAAUUAGUUCAGAGUCUGAGAUUGGGCCAAGUUCAUCUCGAUGCCUCUCUCCCAGCAUCCCUAGUGAACUGGCCUCAUGUCCAUCUGGUAGUGGGCAAUCAACUCCACAUAUAGUGGGGGCAGUAGGCAGUGAGCGCCAAGAAAGGGCUGCUGUCAUACAGAGACUUCUGUGGGAUAUCCAGAGGCAGGACAAUGACCGUCACGUGUGGGAUAGAAUACAGAAGCUGAGGGUAAAGGUGAUGGACUGGCCAAGCAUGUCUCCAGACCUAAACCCUAUUAAGCGUCUGUGUGGCUUCCUCAAACGGAAAGUGUGGGAGUGCAAGGUCUCUAACAUCCACCAGCUCCGUGAUGUCGUCAUGGAGGAGCUGAAGAGGACUGUGAAGCUCUGCUUCCAGGAAGCGCCCCCUAUGAGUGUGGCAAACGGCACUCCCACCUUUUUAGAAGCGCAAAGAGAUGCUGUAUCCCAGAUGUCUCUGCAGCUGAGCAGUGAGCAGUACUCCAAGGAUCCUCCACACUCUCACCUGGCACCUAUUGAGUGCAGCCAGACCUCAGAAAGUCUACAGGAGGUGGAGGCUGACUGUCAAGAAUCACUGGACUGGUUGCUAGACAUGGAGGCCACUGUACAGAACAAUCUUGGUCUGUUGGUGUCGGAAGAUCAACAUCUACAGAUGUGUAAGAGGUGCAGUGUUGAGAUGUCUAUGCGAGAGGACAAGAUGUUGUCUCUGCUGUCUCGGUUUGAUGCUCUAAAGUGUGAAGGCCCUCUGCUCCCAGGCAGCAUUUUAGACAAGCAAGAGUUAAUCCGGGAAAAGUGGCAAAUGCUGAAGAGAUCACUGUCUGAGGCACUGUCAGACUCAGUUCACCAGCCUGUACUGUCUCCUGGGAGUGGAAGUCUGGUGCAACAACUGGAUCAGCGAGUGAAGGAGCUCAAAUCAUGGCUGAGAGACACUGAGCUUACCCUAUACAACUCUAGCCUAAGAAUAGGGGAUGAAAAUGAUAGGAAAAGCUGGGAAGGACUACAAAGAGAAUUGGACAGAUUCCAGUCCCUGUGCUCUGAGCUCAGACUCCGCCGACGUGGGGUGGCAUCCGUCCUGCGGCUCUGUCACCAUCUCCAGAGCCUCCAAGAACAUUCUAUGCAGCAGGACCCACCAACAAUGCAGCUACUCAGCGUCAACCUGGAGCGGAGGUGGGAGGCUAUAGUGAUGCAAAGUACUCAGUGGCAGAGACGCCUGCAGAGGGAGCUGGGUGAGGAGCAGGAAAUGGAUGUUUUGGUGGACCCAGACUGGGCAGAUUUGAAUGGUGCAGGGGGUGAAGAAGCUCUAGAAUGGGAUGAGACCGAUAUCGCAGCAGAACGAGUCUGCCAUAGCCCAGAGCCCAAAGACAUGGCCUCAUGUUCUCCUGCACAGGACACAAGUCAUUGUUUGGACCAAGACACAUCUAGUCUUCAGAACCCCAAAGGAUCCCACCAUGCCCCUGUUUAUCAGAUCUACAGCCUCCACAACAUGGAGCUCUUCAGAAGUGACAUGGAUCCCGCACUGGGAAAGAGCUCAGCAUUGGCAUCAUUGUCAUUAUCUCUUAUUCAAGGUUGUUCAUUUAAAUCCCUACCCAAUUUAGCAGGUGGAUCUGAUCAAAAUCCCAGUUUUCACCCACAAAAAAAACAUACUAUCUCCAGUGGACACUCUGAAAGUGAGAGUGGAAUUGCAAGUGGAGGGGAAGGAGUGACUGCUGCUAAUUCAGAGGGAUGUCUCUCUUUGGAGGGGGAAGGACUCUUAGGGUCCCAUGAACAAGUAGGGGGCAUGGAACCAGUAAGUAGUAUUGAUGCAGAUGCAGCACAAUAUGCCAGAACAAAGAUCCAUGGGCCUCUUAUAUUGAAUGAUUACUCACUCUUACAAUCAGACAGGCUUGUGCUUGGGAAAGGGUCAAGGGCUGUUUCUAACCUUUGCCUUUCAAAUAUGGCUGCUAAAACUGGUACCAACAGAACAAUACUUCCCGCCAGUUCUUUAGACCAUAGCCCAGAAGACUUCCAGGACCUGAUUGAAGUUUUAAGCACUCAAGACUCUUCUCCCAGCACUUCUUCACUGGAAUCUCUCUCAGUGAAUUGUGAAGUACUAGAGACCAGUGGACUUAGACGUAGUGUAUCACUUGAGAGCUGGCCAGCCUCCUACAAGAGCAAUGAAGACUUAUUUAGUCAGCAUGGCUCUGCAGAUAUCACACCUGGAAGUGAGGCUGGAGAGGAACUUAGCAAGCGUACACUGGAUUUACUAAAGAGGCUGGAGGAUAUUGAGUGCCCAUCUGAGCAAAAAAUGAAACGCAGCUUGUCAGAUGACAUUACCCUAAGAAGUAGUAUCCAUGAAGUACCCCUGACUGGCCUCCGAAUCUCACCAGACAGGGGAUCAUCUAGAAAUGAAUAUCUUGGUUCUGAACUGACUGAGUUGAGUAGCAGUGAGGAACUGUCUUUGAAAUCAGAAGAUAUGGCUGUUCUAAAGGGCCGUCUUUUGGAUACCAAUGCUUCAUUUCGCAAACAUCUGAGUCGGUCACUUGGUGGAGAAGAAGGAGAGGCCAACCUCAGCAUGAUUGUCAAUGUAUCAUGUACCUCAGCCUGUACUGAUGAAGAAGAUGACAGUGACUUGUUGUCCAGUUCAACUCUCACUUUAACUGAGGAAGAGGAGGAAGAGGAGGAGGAGGAAGAACUUGAUGAACCAAACUUUAGUUUAGGCAGUGAAGAUGAAACUGGAGAUGGUAUACAACUUCCACUAGGGUCUGAUUUUAUCAGGCGUGAAUUGCAGGCCUGGAUAAGGCCCUCUUUCUUAUUGCCCAGGGAAAGAAGAAAAUUAGGGAGGACAGCACAAAAUAUAAAAGGUAUGCAAGGUGCUGAGAAGAUGUGGCACAGCUCCCUAUCUCAGGAACAGGAGAACAAUGGAAACAGAAAAGAUUCAGACAACAAUUUAAAAAGAGAGGGAGAGAAAAAAACUUUGAAUUAUCCACGUCAGCUAGUGGAUGAUAUGGAGAAUGGUAAUGUGUAUAAUAGACCAGAAACAAUGAAUGACAUGGUAAACAAGACAAGCCGACUUGAAAGAGACAUGAAACCUGGCCCACAACCCUGGAUGUCAAUAACCAAGACAGAAAGGCUUCAUCCUCCCUGCAUGCCAGCAUUAGCAUAUCACAAGCCUCGAGAGCCAGGAUCUUCUUCUAAUGGAAAGAGCAACCUACGGGUGACUUGUGAUGCAUCUAAGGAUGUGGACAUGUCAGACAGCAAUUGUAGUGUGCAAGAAAAAAAACAAAGUGUGCCCUCUACUCAGGUGCUAGAGGAGUCACCUGAAUCUUCCUGUUCUUGCCAUGGUUCAGCCCAUGAUAAGCCAAACAACUCAGAAUGUAAUGCGCAUGAAUUUGUGAAGGAGAUUUUGGACAUUACUACUACUGCACUUCAUGGAUCUCCCCCACAGGAUACACAUAAUCAGGGUACUGGAGCACAAAUCAAGGAGAAGGUUCUAGAGUACUCGCGCAAGCAACUGGAGAGAGGUGACUUCUACUCCUACCUUUCUAUCUCUUCCCAUGACAGUGACUGCGGAGAACUCAAUGGUUCUGUGCGUGUCACAACCCCUGUGCAGAUGGUAGAAGAUGAAGAUACCAACAUGGAAACUAUAUUUGAAGCCUGCACUGAGGAGGACAAUAAAAGCAAACAGAAGGGUAUCCAGUCUACAGAUUCCAAACAUUUUUCCAUUGUGACUUCCAGCCAAUCCAGAACAAAAACUGAGCCAAUUAAAACUACCAAGAAACCUUAUGUCAAAACAACAUCAUCAGGGCAACAAAAAUCAUCUACAGGGAAAUUCCAGGUUCACUCAGAGGCCAACUAUAAAGGAGAUAGUACUAAAAUCUCCAGCAGAAUACUGUCUAGUCCUCGAGAUCUGUGCUCAGAGUCAAAGGGGAAAAGCACCACCAAGGCUACUACUUCGAGCCUCCCCAUUCUCCACAAGAGGACCCGGGAACAGAGGCCAAUGGCACUGGGAAACACCUCUACAAACAGUGGGAAACAGAAGAAACCUUUACAUGGAGCCAAGACACAAAGAGAUCUGUGAAGGCACCAACAAUGACCAGUCUACCUCCCCUGCUGGGGAUAAAAUGGCAGUGUGGCAUGCUGCACGUCACAUGGCAUUGGGGUGUGGGGGCUGUUUGUAUUAAGUGAUAAACACAAGCUCUGCUAGCCCCUUCAAUGCAAAGUAUAGGAGACAGAAGGUCCAAUAACAUUUCUGUUGGCAUUCUAGGAGCAAGAAAUUAACCACGCUACUGCUGGAAGGGACUACGAUGGCUCAAUUGUUAGUCACUAAUUCUUGGCAACUUUGGGGUUACAAAUCCUUUAUGUGGCACAACACACAGAAAUAAUGUGGGCAUCACAAAUCCUCUCCCAACCUCCAUUAUUAUUGCCUCAAAGCAAGACUCAGGUUGAUGCCAAAUUUAAACAAACAAUACGUGUUAGGGUAAUGAAGAUCAGUAAGUGGGAAAAAGAUAUAUGAAAGGUUAUUCGUAAUCAGUUAAGAAAUAAAUAAUAAUGAUUCUUAGAAGUUAGUGAAAUAUCAGAUGAAAGAGGAAAAUGUGAGUAGAUGAAUGAACUGCAAGGGUCAACAGGGAAAUGUUUGAAUGUAAAAGUAAGUUGUAAUUAUACAUGAUAGUUGGCCAGAGGCAAUAGGUACCAAAGACAACAGGUUUAGGCUUGGAAUGUAGCUGGUAGUAAUGCGAGAAGUCCCUGCCAGAAGAUUUAAUAUGGUCAUAAAAACCUUUCUUCAGUAUUGUAAUAAUUCUAAAGGUAACUAGGUACAAAAAAUAUAACUCCUGCUAUAAGUCCCCUACUAUUGAUCCUGCUUCUUCAAAUAUUUUAUACUCCACCUUUUGCUUACUCCAUUGAUCCAUAUAACUCCAUGUUUUUCUCUAAAUACUACUGCUGUUUUGUCAUUUAUAAUUUUCCGUAACACUUGUUCUAUAUAACACUCUGAAAUGUUUAAUUUUAUUCCAUGCACCCGUUCACUUUUUGUUUUGUUUUUAACCACCCUCUAUUACUGUUCCUGUUGUUGCGUGUAACUGUUCCCUAUAACACUUCUCUUGUACUGUGUAACAUAUAUCUACAGCCCCUGAUUUUGCCUGAGCUCUCCAUAACAUGACUUUUGUUCCUUCAUGUGUCUUGUACUAUAACUAAACUUUCUUUUUGAACCGUGUUUUAUACAUUUCAGGAGCUACAGGAAAAAAGGAAGAGGGUGUUUGAUAAUAAAGCAGAUAUAUUAAUUAUAGAGAAUAAACAUAUGUCUGUGGAUGACAAAUACAGAGAGGAUAAUGGUGGUUCCUGUUGCUCAAACAACCUGUUUAACUUGUCCUAUUACUGCAUGUAGCCCCUCUCUAUAUAAUGUUUCUGGUGCUUCUCUGACUUGUUCAAUAUAAUGGUAUCAGUACCUCAUAAAAUUAUUACAUGCAAAACCUCACUGUUGCUCUCUUUAAAUUUCCUGUGGUACCUUUUAGCUCCCUCCAAUUAUUCCCUCUUAUUGCCUCCUAUAAGUGUACUUAUACAUAACUCUUCGUAAUACUCAAUGUAAUCUCCUCCUUUACCCUCAUUUUAUCCAACUAGUAUAAUACCAUUAUAACGCCGCCUAUUAAUUACUAUAGCCCACCAUAUAGCUAAUGCUGUUGUAUAACUCCUCAUAUUGGUACCUUAAAUCCCUAUAGAUCUGCCAAUUACUCCAUAUAUCUUCUCCCACUUCCUUCUUUUAAUGCAUAUAAACUUUCACUGUAAUGCCUCACACUGCUCUAUAUAACAAACUCUUCCUAUUUUCUCUGUAUAACCUCUCCUAUAACAUAAUGUUGUCCUAAUUUAUCUAUAUAAUCCCUUUCUUUAACCACUAAUUUUAUUAUCCAUUAAAACUUUAUGUUGAUCUGUUUAUAUAAAAUGUAUUUAUGGUUUUUAGAAAGCCUUACUGUAUAAUGCCUGACAGCAAGUCUACCAGUGAAGGGGUUGCUAUAGUAGCUUACAGUGUAUAAUAAUAUGCUUUAUUUAUAAUAAGUAUUUUUUGGAGGGGUGGAGGUGAUAUUUAAAAUAUCCAUUAAUCCAUUAAGGGUGCCUUGCCAAAUGUCUUAUUAAUUUUAUUAAAAAAAAAAUACAGAAAUUUCCAAAAAGUCUUCAGUAGAUGGUUUAUAUGGUUUAUAAUGUUAUAUUGCGACAGUAGGCAGCCUCUAAGUAAGAUAUUUAUCUGUAGAAAGGAAGAGAGUAGAAUAGUGGAAACGUAGAUUAAAGGAAGGACUAAAAGGCUUGUAGGGGAAGAGUGUAUUGUGAAGGGACAGAUAGACGGUUAUGAGGGAGGAAGGGUGAGCUGUAUAAGGACAAUAUAAAUUACAAGAAGGAUGAAGAAGAGUUACAGAAAGAUGAACGUAGCAUAUGAGUAGGGGGAAAUACUUGUGGCUGAACGUGACCUGUGAGUGAGAACACUAGAGUCAGAAAAGAACAGCAUGGAGAAAGAGUGAACUGCACAGGGGUAGAGAAGCAUGUGAAUAAACUAGAGCCUAUGGAGGGAGGAAGUAUGUGAAUAUUCUCUGUAUAUACCUGGAUGUAUUAUAUCAGUGGCAAAGUUACAAUGUCUGUAGUGUGUGCUCGCGUGGGGAUUUCAGCCUUAAUCCAUUAAACUGCAUGGAAACUUCAGUAAUAAACUA